AUGGCAUAUAGAGGUCGUGGAAGAGGACGUGGAAGAUAUUUUCGGUAUGCUAAGCAAGGACCAUUCGAGCUUUUUCCUGAUGUUGAUCUACCUGAUAUUAAAAAUGAGGUUGAGGAAACAAGCUUAGUCUGUCAAAUCUGGAAGUUUGAAAGUUAUUGGAAAGUCUCUCCUUACUAUCUUGAGGAGACAACUUCAAAGAGUGAGCAUAAAAUGCCUGAGGUAGAAAGAUUUUCCGACAGGAACAAACCAAAGAACAAGGUAACACGUGAUUCUCUCUUUCAAACUCUGGAGGUUCGAAAUUUUCCUCUGGAACUGACUGCAGGUAUGAAGGGGUCGCAGGGGCAGCGUAGCAGGAAAAAAGCUCGAUGGAAUCCAGAUAUAGGGAUGCAGAAGAUGUUUGAAAUGUUCCAACUGAAGGUAAAGACCGGUUUCAUGGUUAUCCAUUAUUUAGUUGUUGAUGCUUUUACAAAUGCAGGAGGGUGA